GUUCCGAAAAAAAAAAAAUUGCGCAUGCGUGUCUGUUUUCCCCAGGCAGGAAGAGGAUUCACUCUGUGCAUUGGUUCAGCACCUACAUGCUUCAUAGAACAACAGAGAACAGAGUGAUACCUCUUGUCAGUCUUACAGUUGCUUUGCCUCUGUUGGGGGGGGGCAUGCGCAUCAAAAAAGAGUGGUGCUUGGUCAGUAACAAUGCAAGGUCACGUUGUAGAAGUUAGGAGAGGAAAAAGAUGCUUGCAAAAGCCACAGCCCCUGUAUGGAAAUAUGAAUAAUAAUUAAUAAUAAUACUAAUGAGCAACAAUUAGAGACAAAAAGUCAGUAUUACGAGAUAAAAAGUCAUAAGUACAAGAUAAAAGGUCAAAAAUAUGAGAUAAAAAGUCAUAGUUAUGGGAUAAAAAGUCAAAAUUAUAAGACAAAGCGUCGAAAUUAUGAGAGAGUCAUAAUUAUGACAUAGAAAAAGCAUAAUUUUGAGAUAAAAAAAUCAUAAUUAUGAGACAAAAAGUCGUAUUUAUGAGAUAAACAGUCAAAAUUAUGAGAUAAGGUAAUUACAAGAUAAUUCGUAAUUACGAGAGGGGAAGUCCUAAUUUUUCGUGUUUUCCCCGUGCUUGCGUGGGUUUUCUCGAGUACUCCGGCUUCCUCCCACAUUCCAAAAAACAAGACUAGCAUGUUAGACUAAAAGACUAAAAGUGGACACAAAAUUGUGGUGAUGCUUUCUGACGUACUGAAGCUUGUAUUGAAAAGGUUGUUGUUGUUUUUUAACACAGUGCUCUGGCGGCAUCUGGUGGCUAAAAGUAUGAAGAGCACAAUUGUGGCCACUUUGAGGAAACGUAGGAUAUCCUGGGCUCCCUCUUUCCAAACACACAUCAUUGUUUUAAAUUAAAUUAAGAUGUGUGAACCAUUUCUGAAAUAAUUCAGUAUGAUUGAUACUUUACCGCAGAGGUGUCACCAGGUUUUAAGGAAAGGGAAGCCUUAGACUCCAGUGGGGCUAGUUUAGUGGUUAGCACGUUGGCCAACACAGUAACAAUUGUCCAUAGGUAUGAAUGUGAGUGUGAAUGGUUGUUUGUCUAUAUGUACCCUGCCAUUGGCUGGCGGGUAGGGUGUACCCCGCCUGUCGCCCGAAGUUAGCUGGGAUAGGCUCCAGCAUGCCCCCGCGACCCCAAUGAGGAAGAAGCGGUGGAUGGAUUAAUAGAAGGGGGGCGGUUGUUAAACUAGUCUCUGGAGUCUUUAUAUUGUUUUGUAAAAAUAAAACUAAAAUCCAGUUGGGGUGGGGUGUAAGAAGGGGGUUAAGGAGGCUACAGACCCCCCCUAAAAUAGGCAUAAUGGCUUGAAAAUAACUCUGAGAUGCUUCGUUCAACUUGUGAAGGAUGAAAUAUAAAAUAUGGAGUAAAAUAUAAAGUAAGGCGUAAAACACGUGUUGACUAAAUAGAAGAAAAUAGAGGAUCAUCUUGACCUUGCAGCAUAUUGUGAUGCUGAUUGGAUAUAUUUUUUACUUAACUGCUAGUCUGGGUAGAUCACGUGACAAAUCGUGGAUUGGAUAUAUUUUUUACUUAACUGCUAGUCUGGGUAGAUCACGUGACAAAUCGUGCGAGGACUCGUGCUACGUGCAACAUUUUAUGUUUGCUUUCUUCCCCCAGCGUGCUUCUUUAUUAGCAGUCUCCAACACCACCGCAAGAUAGCAGCAGUGUGACGCGACUUAAGCUGGCAGCUGCAGUCAAAACCUCCACCGAGGAAGGAGAAGUCGGAAGCGAGCGUCAACGCUUUCAAGGAGGACCAGAGACAAAGCGCGACGUCUGAGCGGCACGCGCGAUACAAGCCAACAUCAAAAUGCUGAGGGAGUUGGUGAAGGAGCGGCUCAUGGCGGCCGCCGAUGAAAUUUUGGCGCUGUUUGAAAGGAAGAUGGCGUCGUACGAGGAAGAACUUUCUCGAGCGAGGGAGGAGAAGGAGCGGUAUCGGCGGCAACUGGAAGCUGUUUACAAGGCCCGCGUUAUGCUACACAUUGACGACAACCAGAAGCUGAUUGAUCAUCAAGAAGAAGAACGUCCUCCCCGGAGCUCCACUUUGACACAGGAGGAUCCCCAGUCCCCCCACGUUAAAGAGGAAGAAGAGGAGGGGGAGUGUCUUUUCCAACCGGAGGAGUUGCCGCUGACGGUUGUCUCUGUGAAGAUCGAAGAGGACGAACACGAACCGCCCGAGUCCUCGCAGCUUCGUCACGGUCCGAGCGAGGAGGACGCAAGCGGAGAUGGAGACCACCAUGGAGGCUCACGUGCAGGCGACCUCUUAGCUCCGCUAUCAGAUAGUGAGCACACUGAGGAUGAAGACAGGGAGUACGUCCAAGAAGGUGUGAGCAGCGAUACAGACCGUGAAGGGGAUAUCAGGACUCACGCCGACGACAAACACUCGCAAUGCUCUGAAAAGAAGGCGGGUAGAAAACGUUUGACCUGCUCAUUUUGCGCUCAAAGAUUCGCCGGAAAGGGACACUUGACCCGGCACAUGCGAACGCACACGGGAGAAAAACCCUUUCGGUGCUCGGUUUGCGGCAAAACCUUCACCCAGAAUGCAAACAUGCUGACACACAUGAGGAAACAUACGGGGGAAAAACCUUUUCGGUGCUCUGUGUGCGGCAAAACGUUCACCCAGAAGGUGACCAUGGAGUCGCACAUGAGGACGCACACGGGGGAGAAACCUUUCAGCUGCUCCGUGUGCGGCAAACGGUUCUCCCAGAACGCGACGCUGCUGUCGCACGCGAGCACGCACACGGGAGAGAGACCUUUCCUUUGCCCCGUCUGCGGCAAGAGCUGCUCCCUCAAGGUGGACUUGAACCGCCACAUGAGGACGCACACGGGAGAGAAGCCGUAUUCCUGCUCGCUCUGCACCAAAACCUUCACCCGCCGCUACAAUUUGACCGUACACAUGCGGAACCACGACGGACAGUAAAAGUUUUCCAUGUCAUAAACGUGUGAAGAGUCGCCUCAUGAUCUCCACGUUAGCCUGCUGCUAAGAAGGGCAGCGAUAUAAAUAUGAUGAUUAUGAUGAUGAAUUUCUCAGUGUUUGUGCUGUGGAUUAUUAUUGCAUUGAUUAUUUAUGUUAAUGUUGCAAUAAAGACCACUGUCAUCCAGGCCUUGUUAUGCAAUCCAUAAAGUCUGGGUAAGAUCUACAAAUACGUAAGAAAUACAUCUGGUGUGUAAUAUUAAAUGUCAAUAAGCGUAGCAGUCCACUGGUUGGUUACAUAAGCACAUGGAGGCGGGGACCUCACACCACAAGUAUAUGCUACUGAUUAUGUUACUGUAUAUGUGUGUUCUUGUAUCUCUCAUGUUUACAAAUGUCAAGAAGUCACAAGCAGAGGGAGACCACACCGUGGUGCAUGUGUC